AUGCAAGUGCUGAACCUAGUCAGAGAAUUUGAGAUGCAGAAAAUGAAAGAGUCAGAGACAAUUAAAGAAUAUGCUGAUAAGCUUCUUAGCAUUGUCAACAAGGUAAGAUUACUUGGUUCUGAAUUUUCUGAUUCAAGAAUAGUUCAGAAAAUACUAGUAACUAUCCCUGAACGAUUUGAAGCUACCAUUUCUUCCUUGGAGAAUGCUAAAGAUCUGUCAAGAAUCAGCUUGGAAGAACUUCUAAAUGCUUUGCAGGCCCAAGAACAAAGAAGAAUAAUGAGGGCUGAAGGUUCUGUGGAGGGUGCAUUGCAAGCUAAAUUGCAAAUCAAGAAAAACAAAAAGAAGAAUUCUAGCACACCAGAAGCAGCUGCUAACACCAGCAAUAGUAGUGGAGGAAAAAACAAAGAAUUUCCUCCUUGCAAACACUAUGGCAAAAAGGGUCAUCCACCUUUUAAGUGUUGGAGAAGACCUGAUGUUAAGUGUGAUAAGUGCAACAAGUUGGGGCAUCAUGAGAGAAUCUGCAAAAGCAAUUUUCAGUAG